UUUUAUCAUUUGGCUUACACAUUUAUUUACAAUACAACCUCAGUUUUAGUAACUCGUUUGCGUAUCACCGUGUAACGUUUUGCCAUUCAUGUAUCCUCCAGUAAAGUUUUUUAUUUAAUUUAUAAAGUUCAUUCGACCUAAUCGAAGUUCUGUAAACUCGUCUAUAUCUGAUUUAUUUUUCUAAUUUGCCAUUCAUAUUUUAUGUAAAGAUGUCGAGUUUUAAGCAAACACCGUUAACCUGCAGUGGUCACACCAGGCCUGUCGUACAUUUGGAUUUCAGCGAUAUCACUGACUAUGGAUAUUUUUUAAUAUCUGCAUGUAAAGGUAAAUUUUGAAACAUUUUCCUCAUUAUUAUUGAUUUUUCAUUAAAUAAUUUUGUUAUUGUUAAAUCAGAUGGAAAACCUAUGUUGAGACAAGGAGAUACUGGUGAUUGGAUUGGUACAUUUGAAGGCCACAAAGGUGCUGUUUGGGGGGUAGCCUUGAACAAAGAAGCGACAGUAGCUGCAAGUGGUGCUGCAGAUUUUGAAGCUAAGGUAUGAUUGCUGUUUUUUCUAAUGAAAUAAAUAACUAGUUUCAACCUUGAAUUUAACUUCCUCAUGUGUUUAUUGUUGAUCUACUUCCUAGAUCAUUGUACAUGUUUUAUAUAUUGACAUUGUUAAUUUAUUUCUAUAAAAUAAUGGUAAUUCUAUUGAAAAAUAAUUAUUUUUUACCUAUUGAAAAUAUAAUAAUUUUUUUUAGAAUAAUUAUUAUAAAUAUAAGAUAUAUUUAUGAACUUACCUAUCUAAUAUGUAUUAAAUAUUUAAUUUGUCUUAAUUGAUAAAUAAUAAAAUAUUUUUGAAAUAGUACCUUGUUAUUUUAGAUAAACUAUGUUUACAUUUCUAAAUAUAGGUAUAUAAUGACAACUAUUAGAUUAAAAAUUCUGACAUACUUUGCGCGAUGGGUACCACUGUUGUAGGUAAAAAGUUGAAAAGGGAGGAUAUAGAGGUAAAUUUAAUGCAUAUCUAUAAGCAAUGAUUAAUCAUUGCUAACAAAAAACAAUUUUGAAUGGAAUUUGGUAAUACAAGUUUUGACAGGCCGUAAUAUUAACGAUUUGAAAAUAAUCCAUUUCAUACAUUUUUUUGGUUUUCACCAUUUAUUAUGAAAACCCUUAGGGAAAUUAAAAGAUGACGUUAAACCUGAUGACCCUAAAAUACCACCACAAGAAGAUUUCCUUUCAGAGAAGGUACUAUACUUAAAAAUUGGAGCAAAUUUUUUGGUUGAAAGUCAUUCAUACAAAAAAUUAAAAAUAAACAUAAUUUUAAAACCAAUAUAUCGCUCAGAAUCUAAAAUAUAUAUUUAUAAGUCUAAGUUGAUUUAUUGUAUAAAUAGUAUAAUUAUGCAACUGUAUAAUAUAUUUUAGGCUGAAAAAUUACAACUAAGGUAUAUUUUUUUAAUAGGGCAGUUACACAUUUUACUAUUUUUUCUUUCCUUUCAACAUAAAGUAUUUCAAGUAUUACUUAUAAAUAAUUUUGUAUUAUUUCGGCUAUAAAUAUAUUUCCAAGAUUACCUCAUAUAAGUUAAUUAUAAACUAUAAGUAUAAAACUGAGCUGUGAAAAAUGUUUGGCUAUGAUUACAAUAUAGCAAACUAUAUAUUUAAUCCAACCCUCAGAGGCACAUACACAAACUAUUAAACUGUUUAAGGGAUCCACAGAAAGAUCAAAUAAAAGACAGAGGGGAACAGCAAGUCAUCAUUUAUACUCGUAUCAAACUAAGUUUCUUUGGCUAAAGAUCCUAUCAGAUAUUAAGUGUUAAGACCUACUUUCAACCAAAAGAUUUUAAUUAUGUAAUUUUUGCUUAACAUUUAAUUUUUAUUUUAACAUUUUAAAAUAUGAUAUAUUUCUGUUGGUAGUCGAGAUAACAUGAAAAUACCCUUUUCGUUUAAAUUUUACCUCCACUUCAAAUUACUUAUUGACAUCUAAUAUAUUAUACAAUUAAUUAUCUCACAGUGUACAUGUAUGUAUGUGUACAUGUAUAUGUACAUGUAUUAAUAAUCCUAAACAUUCAAAAAAUUUGGUGGGCAACUGUUUCUGUAUAUAAAUCAAUAAUUUAAAUACCUAAUUUUUCAACAAUUUUACUACAAACUCUAACCUUUUUUUUUUUUACCUAAAAUUGAAAUUUAGCUUAUAGUUAGUUUAGUUUAGAUACUAUUUAAGUAUAAGGUAGACAUAGUAAUUAUUAAUUUUGGUAUGUAUUCAAAUUACAUUAAAGAAACACCAGUGAGCAGAGCUCAGUCACGAGUCAGAUUUUCUUAAUCUAUUGUAGAUUCUGAGUGAAGCAAGGAAUGUUUUAGUUUUACAAUGAUGUUUUUUUUUGUUUUCUCAAAUUCUGUACAAAAUUUCUACCACAAAUCUUAAAACUUUCAAAACAUUUUAGCCAUUUUGUAGAUAUUUAUCAUAUAUAUUAAUUUUGUAAGUUUUUUACAUAAUUCUUAUUCAGUAGGUUUCUCUGGAUAAAUUGUUAGACCAAAUAGAAAUGCUUGAAAUUUGAACAGGAAAUUUGUUAUAAGUUGUACUUUGUGGUUAAAAAUGAUAACAAUUGAGUGUAAUGAAGAAUUUUAUUAUUAAAUUUUGAAGCAAAUCGUAAAUAUUAUGGCCUUUCAAAACAUGUAUGACAGAAGUCCAUCCACAAUCAUUUUUUGUUAACAAUGAUUAAACGUUGCGUACAGAUAUACAUUAAAUUUCCCAAUAUAUCCUACCUUCUCAACUUCUCACUUAUAACAGUGGCUUACCCACUGUGUGAUAUGUAUGUAAGUUUUUUUUUAUUAUAGAAAUAUUCUUUUUAAAACAACAAAUAACCAAUUACUAUAAUAUGAAAAAUAUAAAUUGGUAUAGGAAAAGUUUGAAACUCCUAAGACACACAUACUUAAUACUAACGUCAUGCUUAUAUAAUAUUUCAUACCCCUAGCUUCAUUUGGAUGCUCCAUAGGGGUGUUCAAAGACUAAAAAUAUGCUAAAACUUGUAUUUAAAUUUAAUCCUAUUAUAAAACAACUCUAAUUCACGAGUUUGAGCUUAUUUGGUUGAGAGGGAGCUACUAGUAGUUUCUUAAGAUAAUAAACACAAUGUACUAUAAUAAUAUCAAAUACCCAAAAUAUUGCUGAUUUUUAUUAAAUUCCAUUUUUGUUUCAUCUCAUGUAAAUAUUAGUACAUUAUACUGUUGUGUUAUAGGUUGAGGUGCUAGGAUGCUACAAUAUCACAUACCCCAAAAUGUAUUUGCUCCUAUCGGUAUAAAUUUGCCUUAUUUGAUCUAUUUAAGAUUAAUAUGGAUUUUUAAUAAGAAAGUUAAAAUUCCCUAAUUAUUAAAAUAUAAUAAAAUUUAUUAUUUUGCAUUACCAUUGUCGACUUUCUAGACAUAGUACAUUUUUAAAAGUGUUCCUGGUUUUUAAUUAGUAGUUUACAAUUUAUUUUUAUCAGAAUUGUAUAUUCGAGUUUAAAUUAUUCUAUGUACUUUAUCCUAAAUUACCAACUUCCCACUUAUGACUGACUAUAGUAUAAAGUAAUAUUUUAAUUAUUUUAAUUUGUCAUUUGUUUUAAAAUUAUGUAGCAUUCUAUGCCUUUUUUAAUCAGUCCAUGCCUAGGUAGGUAGAUGUCAAGACAUGUACAAAAAUAUUACCAACAAAUCAAAACAAAUAUGAAUUUUUGUUAAUCAAGGCUCCGAUUUUAUAGCACUAAAAACUGAAAUAUGCACUAUAAUAUGACUUAAUAAACCAUAAAAAAGCGCAAUAAUAUGGCAUUAAACGUAAAAAAUUACAAGAAAAUGUAUUUUUUUUUUAAAAUAUAUAAAUACAUCUGAUCAGAAUACAUGCAUUUAGACUGUUCAAUGAGUCAAUACACUAGGAUACUUAUUAAUAGAUUAUAAUAUAAAACGAAAAUAUAGAUGUGUUUCCUAUGGAUUUACAUAAAUGACAGUUUUUUUUUAACUAUUUAUAAAAAAUACAAGAUAAAUUUUAGCUCAAUAAUAGCACUAAAACUAUACAAUACUUUAAAAAUUCAAACACUAGCAAUAUAAAAUUUCAUAUUUGAAGAAAUGUAACUCACUCUACUAUUUUUAUAUGUAUCCUAUAAUAAUUAGCAAAUGUUAUAAAAUCUUAGCCUUUGUGAUAAUUAGGUAUUAAAAUUAUUUCAUUUGAUUUUGUUUUAAUGUCAAACAAAAUAUUUAUUUCGGACAUAAUUUCACUUAGUUUUAAUUUGUAGCAAGUUGUAUUUUAUUAUUAUUUAUUUUUUUUUUUUAUGAGUUAAAACUUUAAAACUAAAUAUUUUCACCGUUUUAGACUGUGUUAUAUUUUUAUUAGCAAACACUUAUUAAACAAUUUUUAUUAUCAUACAAAAAGCUAUAAUAAUUUAUAUUAGUAAAUAUUGAAACCAUAUAAAACAUUUUGAAAAUGUAUACUGACCCAAAAAUGCGUUUUUGAGUACUGUGUCUGAUCAAAAAAAAAAUUCAACCUAUAGUUAAAAUCAUUUACAUUUUUAUUAAAAAAACAGCCUUGCAUUAGUCUUAAAAUCUUGUAAUAUUAGAUACACAAAUUUAUUUCUUAUUACCUAAUACAUCUUUUAUAGUAUCUAGAUAUUUUUAAAAUACAUAUAAGUGUGCAAUUAGUAAAAAGUAUUUUGUUAUAAUUGUAUUUAUGUUUUCAAUCUUUAAUUUAAUUUGAUAUAUUUUUAUUUUAUGUUAUUCUGAGUUUUAACUUUGAACAUUUGAUUAGCUAAUAAUUUUGUUUUUAUUAUUUUAUAUUUUUAUGCGGGGUUUGAUUUAUAUAUAUAAAGAUCAAAUUAUUCUUGUUUUUUUUUAAAUAUUAGUAGUCAGUUCAUGCCAGAGAUUAAAAUAUAUACAUUAAUCAAGGAUAAAUGCGUGUAGAACAGGAUAUAAUUUUGUGUGUUUAGUAUUAUAAAACUGAACUCAUGUAAUAUUUUAUGAUUAAAAAAUAAAUUAUGUAGAUAAUCAAUUCAGUUUAUUUAAAAAAUAGAUUCUGGACCUUGAUUUAAAUGUAAAUUAGUCUUAGUUUGUUUUUAAAAUGUAAGCUGAAAAUAACUAACUUUUUGGUUAAAUUAGAAUAUAUACAAUUAAUUGUUGUUCCACUUAAUUAUGAAUUAUUUUGUUACUACUGACAACUUAGUAGUAAGCAAAUUAUUAAGUGUAUUGUUUAUUUAAUACUAGCUUUUCCGAACAGUUUUGCUGGUGAAUAGUAUUAAAUAAAUUGAACAUUUAAAAACCAAAAAUGUGUUUACUUGCGACUCCACCCUUAUUCCUUUCACAGUCUACUGUUGUUGCUUGGUAAAUAAUUUUUUUUUAAAACGCUAUUUCCUUGUCUGUGACAACAAAAUCAACUAUUUAUAAUAAUUCAUAUUUGAGAUUCUGAGCGGAGCAAGGAAUGUAUUGGUUUUACAAUAAUUUAGGUAUAUUUAUUAUUAUUAUUUUUUUUUUUUUUUUUAUUAUUUUGUGUAUAAAAAUUCAACCAGAAAUGUUGCUCUAAAGUAUCAAUAAUUGCUCCUUUUCUGAAAAAAAAUUUUCUUGUGGUUGUACUUUAGGGAGGUAAUUUUUUUAUUUUCCCAAGGGUUUCAUAAUAAAUGGGAAAAAUGGAUAAAUGUACGAAAUGUAUUAUUUUAAAAUCGUAAAUAUUACAGUCUUUCAAAACAUGUAUAACCAAACUCCGCUCAGAAUCUUUUUUUGUUAGCAAAGAUUAAUUGUUGUGUACAUAAACAUAUACAUUGUAUAUAUAUACAUUAAAUUUCCCUCUAUAUCCUACUGUCCCAACUUCUCACCUACAACAAUGACCUACCCGUUGUUUCAUGGCCACUGCUCUGUGGGGGUUGAAUUUCUGAAAUCCGGUUUUUAAUGUGAAUACAUGUGUAGACCUGUAUGUGGUAAAUUCUAAACAAAAUUCUAAAUAAAACUACAACGCCCAUAGAUUAACAGACACUUCCUUGUACUAAUAUAAAUAUAAAAUAUACAUAUAUAUUGUAUAUAGUAUUAUUACAUUAAUUAACUAGUUAUAAUUUCUGUUAAGUUUUAAAACAUCUAAUUGAUAAAUUAUUAUUUAUGUAUAAUUAUAAACUUUUAUAUGAUUAGUAAUUGUUACAUUACAUUAAAAGAAAAUUCUAGGACAAUGUAAUAAUUAAUUAGUUAAAUCUUAAUAUUUGAGGCUUCAAAAAAUAUUUCGAUUUAGAACUAGUUUAUCAGAAUAAAGUGUCAAUAAUCUUUUGUAAAAGGGUAAUAAAGAGUAAAACACAUGCAUAAUUUAAGACCUAACCUAACUGCAACAGUACCACUGUUGUAAGUUGGAAGACGGGAAUUUUUUGUUUAUAUUUAAUGCAAUAUAUAAUCAUUGCUAACGAAAAACACUUUUGAUAAUGACACAGGGCCACUAUUAAAAGUAUUUAUUUAAAAAUGAAAAUGAAUAUUUUUGAGUUUAUAUUUUCAUUUUUUCAGUAAUUUUGUUCAUAUUAUCCAUAUGCAACACAUAAGUAUUAGGUGUAUAGGUAGAUUAUCUCCUUAUAAAUAAAAUGUCACCUGUGGCCGAACAUUUAAUUAGUUAUUUCUAUUUUAUGACAAUAAUAUGUUCUCUUUAAUUUGUUGAUAAACUAUAUGGUUUUUAUUAUCAAUCAUAAGUAAACAAUAUAUAUAUAUAUUAUAUAUAAAAAAACUAAUAGAAAUGUAAAUUUGACAAACCUAAUUUUUAAAAUAUUAGAUUUAUGUAUUUUUGUUUAAAAAACAUUUUUAUUUUAUUGUAUACUUUAAUUUGACUAAACACCUAUUAUAUCAAAUUAUGUGUAAUUACAGUGAGAGUUGAUUGGAACAUUCACUCCCUCCCAUAUUCCGUAUAAUAUAUGUGCAUUAUUAUUAAAUUUGUUACCUAUUAGCAUUAAAAAUUGCUUAUUGUAUGAAUUUAAAUUAUGUAUUUUACAUUAAAUAUAAAUUAUAACAUUUGUAUUGUCCAAUUUUCAUAUAUAUUAAUAAUAUUGUUUUAGUUAUAACAUAAUUUUUUUUAAAGAAUUUUCAAAUAUAUUUGCCCAUCCCCACAACUCAUAAGAAAAGUCUUGAUACAUCAUUGGCUAUAUCAUUUACAUUAAAUAAGUAGUAAAUAAAAGAUGAUUUAAGACAUUUAAAUACCCAUGACAUAAAAUAAUAAUACUGUUUGUAACCUAGUAAUGUUUUUUAGAGAAAUUACUUUUUUAAUUUGGCUCUUUAGUGAAAAAUGUGUAAUUGUAUGUAUACUUACAUAUUAUUAUUAAUAUGAACCAUAAUAAUAUGUUAUUAGUAAUUUAUUAUGAAUACCACUGGCGUUAAGUUAUUAAAUAACUACAAUUUUUUUUCAGUAAUAACCUAAAUUUUUUCUUAUUAGCCUUUUUAUGAGCAAUUAGAUGAAUUACAAGGGUGUUUAAAUUUAAAAAAGUAUUCAAAUCAUAAUUAUUCUAUGAUACAUAAAUUUAUUUCUCUUAAAUUAACAAGUUAUUAUUAUUACACAUAUAUAUAUGUAAUAUAUUCAUUUAAAUUUUUACCACUUAAAUAGUGUUUAAUCUAAGUUUUAGUUAACAUUAAUAUUAAAUGUUUGUGGUAAGAUUAAAUCUAUAAAAAGCCCUUAUAGUUUAUGAAUUUAGGUUGUAAAUAAUUUGUUGUUAUUAAGUUAUGAUAAUAUUACAAAUAAGUAAAGGUAAAAACCACCAAUUACCUACUUCUUAUAGGUUCCUUCUUACAGUGUCCGUUUAGUGUUAACUGGUAGUUCAAUUUUCUGUGAAUUCAUAAAAUUCCGUUUGUUAAUUUGUGGUCAGCACUAACGCAUUCUACCUGAUAAUAUUAGAAACAGACUUAAUACUAAACAAAUUUAUGCAUAUAAAAAUAUGCAUUUAUGGAAAUUAAAACAUCAUAGUGAAACUAUUAACCACAUUAAUUUAUAAGCUAUUGUUUGUUCCUGUAAAACCACCUAUUAUUUUUAAACAUCUACGAAAAAAAGUAUUAAAGUGAUAUCAUAAAUAGUUUAGAAACCAUUUAACAAAUUAAUUUUUGAAUAAAAUUUAAAUUUUUGAAUCACUUUGAUUGAUCUUGACAUGAUAACUAUUAUUAAAGGUUGAAUAUGUUUUGUACAUAAUAUUAUUUUAAUUUUUAGAUUUGGGAUGCUAAAACUGGUGGUGAAGUACAAUCGUUUCAGCAUAAACACAUUGUAAAAAGCGUCAAUUUCUCAAGAGACAGUGUUUUACUUGCCACUGGCUCCAAUGAAAAAUUGCUUAGAAUAUUUGAUCUCAAUAAAUCAUCCGGUUAGUAUUCCACAUUGUAUAAGAUAUACAUUUUGAAUUUUAAACAUUUAUUAUUUAUUAGAAUGAAUUAAUUAGGUAUAAGUAUAAGGACAUGAUAUGUGUUUUAGUAAGAAAUAUUGUUUCUUUUAUUUUAUUUUUCUAAAUAUAGUACAAGUAUAUUACCUAGUCUUAUCAGGAACUGUUUUAAUGCAUUUAAGUGUUAUUAUCUAUAUGUAUAUGAUUUUAUUCAAGGUCCACUACUUCUAAUGUUUGUAACAGUAGCAUGAGCCAAUAAACUUUACAUGGUCAAUCUGUCACUGGCCUAUUGGCCUUGUAUUAUUUUAUUACAGUAGGCAAUUUUUAAAUCCCACCCUUGUCUAGAUAGAAAAUAGAAUAAUAAUUAUUAUGUAUGAAAUUGAGAGGAGGCAUAUAAAAAACUGCUUUUCCACAGGGCUAUUUUUAUCCAACAUUUAGAUUUAAAAAAGAAAAAUAACAAUAUUUUUUUUAUACAUUAGAUAGUGACAUAAGUACACAUAUACAGGAUGUAACUAAACUAUUUACUACUUGAAAUAACUUUUUUCUUUUUUUAGAAACGGUAAUUUAUUUUUUACAAUUUUUAAAGUUUUUGAAAAUGUGAAUACUAUUGUAGCUUAUAUUCUAUCAUAAUAUUUAAUCAAUAGUCAAUGCCUAUUAAAUGACAAGCAUUUUAUUUUCCAUGAGUUAAUAUCAUACAGUAAUACUACUGACUACUGAUUAAAUAUUAUAAUAGAUUAUAAACCACAAUAAUAUUCACAUUUGUCAAAUCUACAAACAAUUAACAAUUUUAGAAAAUAAAAGACUAUACCUAAAAAAAAGUUUCAACUACCAAAAAAUGUUUAAAAAUCUAUUUUACAGAGUAGCUGUCUUGAAUUUUUAAAAAAAUAUAUUUUAAAAUUUUAAAUCCCCUCCCCUAAAAUAGAACAAGUUAUACAAAUAGUCCUUUUACACCUGUAUGUAGCAAUAUUGUAGAUACUGUAUAUUGUAUCAGGGGCAUAUUUCUGGGAGGACACACCCCCCAAAUUUGUGGACAAUAGUAGAUUUAAAUAAAAGUAAAGGAUGUUCUGAUGUCUUUGUAUGGUAUUUAUGAAAUCUGUCUGCUCCUUCCUCCCUAAAAAAAUGUCUAGAUACAUGCCUGCUAUUUAUACAAACACAAAACACAAUAGUUCAAGAGUUUGUCGCGUUAAAUGAUUAUAUUAUUGUACAAUAUUGUAUUAAAACCGACAUUUAGAAAUAUUAUUUAACCAACUUUUUAACAUGCAUCAAAUAUCUUAUGAUUAUUAUUAUUUUGUCAAUUAUCAUAAUAGAUAUUAUAUACAUUUCAAUACGUUGAUUUUUCUAAUUGUAUUAAUGAUAAAUAUAUUUUCAAAAACACAUUUGUCACGCUUCCAUAUCAAAAAUGCCAACAUAAUAUUUUAAUUCCAAAAUAGUUUCUAAUACAGCACUAUUUGCAGUUAAGGUUCUAUUACAAAUCAAAACAAAUAAUUGUACUCUGAAUGUAAAAUAGAACAUAUAUGACAAUUAUAUCUACAUAUAUGUUUAUGAAAUUAUAAAUAGAAAAUGAGUUAUAUUAUGUUAUAAUUCAUAAUUAUAAAAGUAGUAUAUUAAUAUUUAUAAAAUUAAUUUUUAUUAAAAAUAAGUUUAUCCAUACUUGAAUUAAUACUGUAUCACCACAGGUUUUUUUUUUUUAUUGCAAUAAUUUUAAACUUUAAAAUACAAAUUAAUAAGUCGCUAUUUAUCAUUAACAUGUAAACAUAUUCUUUAAUAAGAUUGCUAACAGUUAUCUAUUUCCUGUUUCAAAAGGUCUCAUACCACAGAAUAAUCUGUGAUCAUACUAAGGUUUAUUACGAUUGUGUCUUGUAUGUACAACACUAAAAAACAUAUUCAUAUAGAUAAAAAUAUUAUUAAUGGUAUGUAAUUUAUAACUAAUUUAACACCUUAAAUUAUAUAUUUAAUACCAUUUUCAUUUAUAAUUGUCAGCAAGUAAAUAGGUACUUGUCCUAUCACAUUACCUAAACAUUAAAGUAAAUAAAUAAAUUCUUAUUUUUAAAUUAUGUGUUUAGUAUAUUAGAUAACAUUUUUAUUAAACAAUUAAUAAUAAUUAAACCAAUCUGGUUUUACAUCAUUUAAAUCUAGGGCCUUACCUUAUCAUUCAUAAUUCAUACAUUUUCAUUUUAAAUGUUGUCUGGGUUAUCACAGUGAGAUUUAUUACAGUUGUUGAUCUAUAACAAAAGCUGUCCUUGGCAAUAUUUCACAUAUGGUGUAAACAUAUCCCUGUUGCCUUAAAAGAAAUGUAUCUUUGGAUUGAUUGGUUCCAAUUAGUAAUUUAUUUAUUUAUAUAGUAUAUACCUAUUAGGUAAUAGGUAAAAAAAUAUUAUAUGUAUCAUUCAAAUUUUCUAAUUUUUAAAUUCUGUGAAACUAGGUUACAUCAAUAGUUUAUGGUCUGGAAACAAAAUACUAUGGUAUUAAUCCAUAGUAUCUUUGUAAUGAUUCACACUGGAAUUGUUUUUCUCUUUAAUUUGUGGUUUCUUUAGGUAACACAGGAUUAUUAAAAAAAAAUCUUUUAUUCUUGUAGCUUGUUUAACUUAUGAAUUAAAUUACACUUAAUGGUAAAAAAAUAAGUUGAGUGUAAUAUAUAUAUAUAUUUUUUUAAAAAUGUAAAUCCAAUAUAUACAUAUUUUUAUUACAAUUUUUUAGAAGCUGUUACAACAUUCAAUGGUCAUACAUCGGGUAUAAAACAUGUCAUGUUCUUCCAAAACGACAGGAGAAUAAUUUCAUGUGCAGACGACAAGACAGUUAGAAUUUGGGAUCCUUUGUCUGGACAGGUAUACUAAAAACAAUGUUUAUACAUUUAUAUAUUGAAAUAUAUUUGAUUAUUUAGGAAAUUCACAAAAUGGAAUUCAAUGCUAUACCAACAAGCUUAGAAGUAUCAAGAGAUGAAACAAUUGUGACUAUUGCACAUGGAAACUCUGUUAGCUUUUGGAAUGCCGACAGGUACUAUUAUUAAUGUUUUAAUUUUGAUUACUUUUUUAAAUACCAAAUAAUUUUUUUUUUUUCAGUUUGUCCAAAGUGAAUGAAAUUACUGUGCCCACAUUAGUAAAUACGGCAUCAUUGCACAGAGACAAGACUAUGUUUGUAUGUGGAGGUGAAGAUCUUAAAAUGUACAAAUUUGACUAUAGCACCGGAAAAGAAAUUGGUAAGGGUUUUAAAUGACAACAAUAAUAGUUCAGAUAAUAAGAUCAUUUAUAUUUUUUUGGUUUUCAGAAUCUUUUAAAGGUCAUUUUGGUCCUGUACAUUGUGUCCGUUUUUCGCCUGAUGGCGAGUUGUAUGCAUCAGGCUCUGAAGACGGUACUUUACGACUGUGGCAGACAACUAUUGGAAAAACAUAUGGCUUAUGGAAGUGUGUUGACAAAGUUGGCUCUCCACAAGAUUUACACCAACAAGAAAUAACGGCCAUUUAAUGAUUCAAAAUAAGUAUCACAUAAUAUAAUAUUCCUUCCAAAGCCAAUGCAUGUUAUUGAAAGUGUAAUUUUUGAUUAUAUAAAUCACUAACUGAAUGAUAAAACUGUUACCAAAAAUUAAUUUAUCAUUCUUAAAUAUAAUUUAUGAAUCACAUUUUCAAAUCCAUUAUAAUUUAAAUACUUAAUUUUUUGGUAAAACAUGAUAAAAUAUAACUUAUCAAUUGUGUACUCUAAAAUUAAAUAAUUGUUCUCUUAAAUAUUUUUAAUUAAAUAAAGGUUUAAUUUUUUUAUUCAAACAUUAAUGUGUGAGAGAAUGUAAAUUAAUAAAUCAUUUGUAUUUGACAUUGAUUUGUUACAUAUUUCAAAUACUAUGUAUUUCUAUAUUUAAUGGCGUAUAAUUGUGUUGAAAUGUAAAAAAGACAAAUAAAAACUAGCUAAAAGCUGAUAUUUUAAUCAUUUUACUGCAGGAUACAAAAUGUUCAUAACUAUAUUUAUUUCCAAAGAAAUUGUUUAAAAUUAUAACUAUUGAUAUUGUGAAAUAUUGUUAUUAACUUACUAUUGCUCGGAACAAGACUGUUUUUACUGUGUUCCAAAACUCCAUGGAGAUAGAUUAAGUUAACGCAGUUUAAGUUAUUUUCCAAAUAGCUAAAAUAUUUUUACAAAUUUUUUUUUAUUAUUUAUUAUUGAUAUAUAUUUAUAUAUACUGCGAAACAUAUGAUCUUCAUAUGAUGAGAAAUGACUUUUAAAUAAACAAUUUAUUUAUGUUUUUAAAAAAUAUGUUUUUAUUGCCUACAAAAUAUAACAUGACAUGUUAUUUAUAUUUAUAAUCCAUACUGUGUAUUUACAUGAUCCAUUUGAUUAUCCAAUAGUUUCGUUUUCCUGAAAAUAAUAUUGAAUUAUAUAAUGUAAAUUAAUAAUUAGAUAAGAAAG